CUCGAUCCCCGGACACUCUGGGUUCAAUCGUCGGGGUGAGAUCUACGGAGGUAUAUAUGUACCCCGAAUACUCCUCCGUAGUCAGUCACCUUCUGACUUACCUUUGAUCAACUCUUCUCGAGAGGAUCAGUCAGAAUUACACCUUAAGGGAGGCAGCACCAACAAUCAUGAAGUCGUGGUCGCUGUGGAUAGCCUUGCUGGCUAUCGCCCGUACAUCUUUGGCAGAAGAAGGUUAUAGCUAUCCGCGUCCUGCCAAUCCCCUGAUACCCAGUACGCCUGGAAGUCCUUCAAAGCCCGCAAGCCCAGGUGGCUUUCCGUCCACUCCAUCCACCGGAAAACCGGAAGGUCCAACCAGUGGCCAAAAUCCCCAAGGAGGAUAUCCUAGCUCAGGAUUCCCCGGUCAGCUUGAGACCCAAGGACCCACUGGCUACCCAUCCGAUGGUCAAGGAUACCCUAGUGGGCGCCCGGGUGGACAGGGACCCUCGCCAGGCUACCCCAGUGGUCGUCCUGGUGGUCAGAGACCAAAUGGCGGACAAGGACCUAGUGAAAACUACCCCAGCGGUGGACAAGGACCGUCUCCAGGAUAUCCUAGUGGGCGUCCUGGUGGCCAAGGGCCCAGCGGUGGACAGGGAACAAGCGGAAACUAUCCUACCGGUGGACAAGGUCCAUCACCAGGAUAUCCCAGUGGUCGUCCAGGCAGUCAGGGACCCAUCGGUGGACAAGGACCGUCAACGGAAUAUCCUAGUGGACUUCCUGAUGGCCAGGGACCCAGCGGUGGACACGGACCGUCGACUGGAUAUCCCAGUGGACGUCCCGGUAGCCAAGGACCAUCAACUGGAUAUCCCAGUGGACGUCCCGGUAGCCAAGGACCAUCGACUGGAUAUCCCAGUGGCCGUCCCGGUGGCCAAGGACCAAAUGCUCCAAAUGGUGGACAGAAACCAAGUGUGAAUUAUCCAAUUGGUGGACAAGGACCGUCGUCUGGUUACCCUAGUGGACGUCCUGGUGGCCAGGGAUCUAACGGGGGUCAAGGGCCGAGUGGAAAUUACCCAAGUGGAGAGCAAGCACCUUCAUCUGGAUACCCCAGCGGACGUCCUAAUAGUCAGGGACCUAAUGGAAGUCAAGGACCAUCAUCUGGAUACCCUAGUGGACGCCCUGGUAGCCAAGGGCCCAAUGGGGGUCAAGGGCCGAGUGGAAAUUACCCAAGCGGAGGACAAGGACCAUCAUCUGGAUAUCCGAGCGGACGUCCUGGUGGCCAGGGACCGAAUGGUGGACAAAGGCCAAGUGGAAAUUAUCCAAGUAGUGGACAAGGACCGAGUGGAAACUACCCAAGUGGUGGACAAGGGCCAAGUGGAAAUUACCCAAGUGGUGGCCAAGGACCAAGUGGAAACUAUCCUAGCGGACGUCCAGGUGGUCAAAGACCUAAUGGUGGACAAGGACCUCAAGGACCGGGAGAGUAUCCUAACGGAGGUCAGGGUCCCCAAGGACCCAGUGGCGGAUUCCCAAGCGGUGGACAAGAACCAACUGGCGGAUUCCCAAGCGGAGGACAAGGACCAAGUGGUGGAUUCCCCAGCGGUGGACAAGGACCAAGUGGUGGAUUCCCAAGCGGUGGACAAGGACCAAGUGGUGGAUUCCCCAGCGGUGGACAAGGACCAAGUGGUGGAUUCCCGAGUGGUGGAAAAGGACCAAACGGCGGAUUCCCCAUCGGUGGACAGGGACCAAGCGGUGGAUUCCCGAGUGGUGGGCAGGAGCCUGAUGGUGGAUUCCCAGGUGGGCAGUCGGUCCAAUAUGACGAAGGUAGCCAGGAUGACGGUGAUUACUCCGCGAUUCCGGGUGAACCUGGUCGCGAUUAUCCCAUCUACGCUGACAUCCCCCAAACUGGAUUCAGCUGUGACUCUCAGCAAUUCCCGGGCUACUACGCGGACGUCGAAGCGCAGUGUCAGGUGUUCCACAUUUGCUCCAACAACCAAACCUACGACUUCCUCUGCCCGAACGGAACGAUCUUCCAUCAGCAAUACUUCGUGUGCGUGUGGUGGAACCAGUUUGACUGCAACUCUGCGCCUAGUCUGUUCUACCUGAAUCAAAACAUUUACGAUUACUCCAUCACGGGCUCCCCUGGCCCGCAAGGACCGGUCGGAGGUUAUCCGCAGCCUGGAAACCAACAGGGCCCAUCCGGUCCCUCAUUCCCAUCAAACCAAGGUCCUCAGGGUGGAAGUGGAAGCCCUGGCGCAGGAUUCCCAGAUAACAAUGGACCACAGGGUCCCUCAGGACCAUUCGGACCAUCAAGACCAUCUGGACCAUUGGGACCAUCAAGACCAUCAGGGCCACUGGGACCGUCCGGAUCAUCAGGACCCCAAGGACAGGGACAAGGCUAUCCCCAAGGACCCCAGGGUGGAAAUGGCCCAAGCGGAUAUCCUGGAAACAAACCUCAGGGACCCCAAGGUCCUCAGGGAAAUUAUCCAUCCCAGAGCUUCCCGGCAGGUAACAACCCCUCAGGUCAAGGAUACCCGCAAGGAACGCAAGGAUUCCCCGGCAGCAGCAAACCUCAGGGACCAUCAGGACCAUCGGGACAGUCUGGAUAUCCUCAGGGAGCUCAGGGUGGAAGCGGUCCAGGAGGUUACCCCACCUCAGGUUUCCCUGGAGGUAACAAGCCUCAGCGACCAUCAGGACCCUCCGGACCAUCGGGACAAUCCGGAUACCCUCAAGGACCACAGGGUGGAAAUACUCCCAGUGGAUACCCACAAUCAGGCUUCCCUGGUGACAACAAGCCUCAGGGACCAUCGGGACCAUCGGGACCAUCAGGUCAAGGAACGCAAGGGUUCCCUGGCAGCAGCAGACCUCAGGGACCAUCGGGACCAUCGGGACAAUCUGGAUAUCCUCAAACACCUCAAGGCGGAAGUAGUCCAGGCGGAUAUCCAGGAUCAGGUUUUCCUGGAAGCAGCAAACCCCAGGGACAAUCAGGACAAGGUUAUCCUCAGAAUACGCAGGGAGGUUUUCCAAGCAACAGGCCUCAGGGACCAUCGGGACCUUCUGGAACGGCAGGCCAAGGAGGUUCGGAUGGAUAUCCGAGCGGUCGACCUUCCGGACCAGCAUUCCCAACAAACCCGUUGGGCUUCCCGGGCGGCAAGUUUCCUCAAUCGGACAACCCGUUCCCCUCCGAGGGACCUUCGGAACCAGACCGUGGAUACCUACCACCGCGAGCUGGAUAGGUGAGGUAGCGUGAACCGUUGAAUUAAAUUUAGCCAAGACCCCACAGCAGCCCCAAGAACCAUUGGUGCUGAACCUUAAGUGUAAAUACGAGCCUAAUUCUUUUUUUAAUACAUAGAAAACGCGGUAAGUUAUGACAAAAACGGCCCAGCUGUAUACCUGAACGCGUUUUAUCCGUUAAGUAAAUGUAAUUGUGUAACUUAUUUGUAACUGCCUUUCAAUAUUAUACUGUCACAAAGACGUGCAGAGUCCUGGGCUUUUUGUCGAGAAACCACUGUGUUCGGUAAUGUUAUCUGUAAUUUUUUUCGCUGCUGGCAGAAGAAUACUAUUUAAGAUGCUUUGCUGACGUUUGUCAACUUCGGGUAUCACCGCGACAUGUGAAUUAUUUAUUUCGAAUUGAACAAGAAUUCCGCCCAAUUUCCAGCUCACGGUCUUUGCUGUUCUUCGAUAUUCUAUCGACUCAUCUUUUUUAGCAGUUAGAUAGCCGGCGUGUGACGAUGUUGGUACUCCCAUGCACAAAGUCAUACCGAAAUUUCAAUGAAACGUAUCUUCGAAGUUUCACCAAUCGCGUAACUCGCGGUGAGACUGCGAACAUACGAAAUCACACCCGGAUAUCUUGUUUAUUUUUGUUACUUUCUUUCUUCCUCUCUGCAUGACGUCUGAUUCUCGCGUUAUGUGUUAUACCUCUGAAGGGAUUGAUACAACCGAAGUUGAGCAACGCAUGACAUAAUUGUAAUUAUAUAUAUAUAUAUACAUAUAUAUAUAUAUAUAUAUAUAUAUAUAUAUGUAUGUAUAUAUGUAUAUAUAUACACACAUAUAUAUAUUUUUGUAACAAUGGUCUUGAUACUCCGACGGUGAGAUGCCAUUAUAUGUAUAUUUAAUAUUAUGUGAAAUAAAGGAAACACCUUUGCAA